GUCGCUUCUGUCCUUGGUUACUUACCUUCCACUCUACGCUUCGGUUGGGCUGGGUCCGUGGGCCGGCCGGCAAUCUACUUCCACAUCCUCUCCUAUAAGGGCCCAGGCCCACGUAUCAUUCGGUCGCAGCCAUGGCGCUGCGGCUGCUGUCCCACCCGUCGCUCACGGCGGCGCAGCUCCGGCAGCUCCACGGCCACCUCCUCACCUCCUCCCUCCUCGGCGACCGCUACCUCCCAAACAUCCUCCUCCGCGGCCUCCUCCCGGACGCCCCUCUCCGCGCCCUCGCCCUCUUCCCCCGCCUCCGCCGCAUCCUCCCCGCAUUCCUCCCCAACAACUACACCUUCUCCUUCCUCCUCACCGCCUCUAUCGCCACAGCCAUCCCCAUUCCCUCGCCGUCGUUCACCUCCUCGGCCCACACGCAGCUCAUCUGCGCGUUGCACGCGCUCGCCGUGACGCUCGGCUGGGACGCGCACGCUUACGUCUCCAACGGCUUCAUCCACGCCUACGCCUCCCGCGGCUUCCUAGACGCCGCGCGCCGCGUCUUCGACAGUGCCGUCCUCGCCCGUACGGACGACGUCUGCUCCUGGACCUCGCUUCUCACGGCCUACGCCAGGGCCGGGCACAGGGACGACGCACGCUCCCUGUUCGAUGGAAUGCCGCACAAGACGCCCAUCGCCUGGAGCGCCAUGCUCAGCGCCCACGUCGGGGCAGGCGGCUUCGUGGAUGCGCUCGAGGUGUUCGACAUGAUGCUCAGGGCUCGUGUCCGGCCCAACAGGGCGGCUAUCGUUGGCGCACUGGCUGCAUGCGGUGGGCUCGGGGCGCUGGAGCAGGGCCGGUGGGUGCACGCUCUCAUCACCGCUACCACCGGUAGGAUGGAUGCGGGGGUGGCUACUGCGCUGGUGGACAUGUAUGCUAAGUGCGGGAACCUAGACUCGGCAAGGCAGGUGUUCGCAGCCAUGCCGGAGCCCGAGCGCGACGUGUUUGCUUACACGGCCAUGAUCUCGGGGCUCUCGGACCACGGUCACUGCCAGGAGGCCGUUGAGCUGUUCGGCCAGAUGCAGGACCAGGGGGUGCGCCCCAACGAGGUCACCUUCAUCUGCGUCCUCUGCACUUGUGCCCGUGCCGGCGGCGGGCUUGUCAGCGUCGCUAGGGAGAUCUUCCAGAGCAUGUCUGCCGUCCACGGCAUCGAGCCCGGCGUGGAGCACUAUGGGAGCCUGGUCGACGUGCUCGGCCGUGCCGGGAUGCUUGCGGAGGCCGCGGCUGUGGUGCGGGCAAUGCCGAUGCGGCCCGACUCAUACGUGCUAGGUGCGCUGCUCAAUGCAUGCCGGGUGCACGGUGGUGACGGCGUGAAGCUCGGAAAGCAGGUUGUGGAGUGGCUAGCGGAACUUGGGCUCGACCACAGCGGCGUGCACGUGCAGCUGUCCAACAUGUACGCCUGCUCCAGCAAGUGGGAGGACGUGGUAAGGAUCCGGUUGGUGAUGGAGGAGAAGAAGGUGGCCAAAGUGCCCGGCUGCAGCAUGGUCGAGGUCGAUGGCGUCGCUUGCGAGUUUGUUGCUGGCGACCGCUUCCUUGAUCCGUGCAUCAACACCGUCGUCAGAGGGCUCGAUCAGCAGCUCAGGCUGCUUGGCCAUGACUACCGUCACCUCGAGGAGCUAUCCAACUUGGCGUAGGUUUAGAGCCCGUUUCCGUCUCAGGUCGCAGCCGUGUCUUGCCUCUUAUAAGUUGGAACACCACAUUGCAGGCUCGUACCACAAAUACACAUGGCAAACAUUGUUCAGCCGAAAGGGGCGCAGAUCCAUUGCUCAUAUGACAUGCUCAUGGAGAUUUCUCCUACCUGCCGGCCAAGACGCCGAGUUGGUCAGCGACUUCCGCAGCUUGACAUGCUCUCAUCGGAUACCUUCGUGGAGCUUCACCGCUGGCGAGCCAACAGGCCAGGCCAGCUGAAGCCUUUCUUCAGUACUACCGCCGAGACCUCUGAAGGGGAAUCCUUACAGAGAUGUAUGGAAUGAUUACCAAAUGCGAUUUAUCUCCACGGUUUCCUUCAGGCAUUUAAGAAGUUGAUAAAGAGACUAAUGAGCUGGAAGACACAAGGCAGAUUGAUCCCCGUAGCAUCGACUAACAGGUUUUCAUAUGUUUGUUUUUCUGCAAUUCCGGUGAAGUGUUGUGGCCGAAUGCUUCCAUCUCACUGGCUUAAUGUGCCAGUUUGUCAGUUACCAUAAUCAGAAACUUGUCAAGUUCUUCAGCACUUAUUAUAGAAGAGAAAACACUUCUAAAAGAAAACAUUUUGGUUUUCCUCAGAUUACUAGCAGCUACCUGGAGAUGUCACAGUGGUGCUUUCAGCACGCUACCCUGUUCAAAUGGUGGCGUCCUAAGUGCAGAUGAUGGUGUUGAGCAGCUCGGUGGAGGACCUCCUCAAGAUGUCUACUUAGUUUUGGAGUUCUCCAUGUUAGUGUGACCUUGCUGUUCACAGACAACCACUACGACAGCACCUACCCAUAGAUCUCCCGUGCGGAAAUUGAACAGAUUUUUGUCUUCCAGAAAUGGAACAGAUUUUUUGCUAGGUUAUGCGAUGAUCGAAGCAGCUAGGGUGUACUACACUGAUUCUUCUGUUGGCACAUACUGCUAGUACCAAUGGAUUGAUCAGUUGUCAUAUAAGGAUAAGAAAACAUAGAUCUGAUUAGUUUC